AUGGAAUUCCCAUAUAAAGCUACAAUCCCCAACAUCAUGGUUACUCUUUCACUGUCGUAGUAGUAGCGGCGAAACUGAGAUCAGAAAUGGCGAAAACGACGUUGUUGUUGCUCUGUACGCUGCUCCUCUUCGGAACCCUGGCUCUCACCCAGGCGAAGAAAUCAAAGGAGGAAUUGAAGGAAGUGACGAACAAGGUUUUCUUUGAUGUUGAGAUCGAUGGAAAAGCUGCAGGUCGUAUUGUAAUCGGUCUUUACGGGAAGGCAGUUCCAAAAACUGCAGAAAACUUCCGAGCUCUUUGCACAGGGGAAAAGGGAAUUGGUAAAAAUGGAAAGCCUCUCCAUUACAAAGGUAGCACAUUCCACAGAAUUAUUCCUAGCUUUAUGAUCCAAGGAGGUGAUUUUACACAUGGCAAUGGAAUGGGCGGAGAAUCAAUUUACGGAGAGAAGUUUGCUGAUGAGAACUUCAAGUUAAAGCAUACUGGACCAGGUAUUCUGUCAAUGGCAAACGCAGGUCCUGAUACCAACGGUUCACAAUUUUUCAUCACAACUGUGACAACAAGCUGGUUGGACGGAAGGCAUGUUGUUUUUGGUAAAGUUCUUUCUGGAAUGGAUGUUGUUUACAAGGUUGAAGCUGAAGGUAGGCAAAGUGGCACUCCCAAGAGCAAGGUUGUGGUUGCUGACAGCGGUGAACUUCCUCUAUAAAAUGUACACGUCAAUUCUCAACCAGGACUUGUUGAAGCUGUUUCCAGUUUUUUAUUCUCUGUACGGACCACUUAACUUUUCAUAAGCAUCUGCUAAUAGGUUUAUGGUUA